AUGGCGACUUCUUCGUCUUCUUCCACCCGCCAAGAUAACCCACAAAAGGUCCAAUUCCCGUUGGACUCGGCCGCGUAUGAAAACCUCCAAGAAAUUGGCUCUGGCGACAAGGCUGUCGUCUACAAGGCCGUCUGCAUCCCCAUGAACUCUGCAGUCGUCGCAAUAAAGUCCGUCGACCUCGACCAAUCCACGGCCGAUUUCGAGAGCAAGCUCCGCGACACCAAGACUCUGUCUCUUUCCCACCCCAACAUUCUCAGCAACCAUUGCUCCUUCACCACCGCCGAGCGCCGUCUCUGGGUGGUCAUGCCAUUCAUGGCCUUCGGCUCUCUGCAGUCCAUAAUAAUCUCCUCCCCUGCUUUCCCUCAAGGAUUACCAGAGCCCUGCAUUGCUGUCUUCCUGAAAGAGACGCUAAACGCCAUGUCGUAUCUCCAUGGCCAGGGACACACCCACGGCGACAUCAAGCCCGGAAACAUCUUGGUUGACUCUGAUGGGUCCGUUAAGCUCGCCGAUUUCGGGGUCUCUGCUUCUUUCUACGGCGCCGAUCAUUCAACUGGGACAAACGACACUUCGGCAACGCCAACUGGGACAAACGACACUUCGGCAAUGCCAGAUAGGGUGGCGCCCUACGGAGAUGGAUGCAAGGUGGAUAUCUGGGCAUUUGGGAUCAUGGCACUGGAAUUGGCUCGCGGCUGUCCUCCCCUGUCUGGCCUGCCACCGUUAUUGGAAUCUCAGAUUCUAAAGGUCAAGAACAGGUACCAGUUUUCUGACUACGAAAACAUCAUCAAAGAUUUCAAGAACAAGGAGUACUCUGUGGCUUUCAAGGACUUGGUGGGUUCUUGCCUUGAUCAAGACCCAGCGAAGAGGCCGGCGUCAGAGACACUGCUGAAGCACUUGUUUUUCGAUAACUGCAGGGGCAAGGAUUUUCUGGUGGAGACUGUGCUUCGGCGUUUGGAGAGCGUUGAGGAGAGGUUCAAGAAAAGAAAUAGGGGUUUGGGUGACUUGUUGGGCAAGGAAGAAUAUGGAGGUGAUCAAGCUAAAGUUGGACCCUAAUGAAAGUGAUCAGCAGGAUU